GGUCGAUUCGAAUCGUCCAGAACGGGGACUAUGCGCUGGGUUGGUACUAUCCAAUGCAAUGCCAGCAGAGCACAGAACGAGGUAGCCUGGGGCUCUUCACCGCAAUCGGAAAAUCGGCAGUUGUUAACGCGCCACUGAAUAAACCUCAGAAUAGCACUUUGACAUGGACGGAAUCCGUCGGUGUAUGGGCGCAUCUCUUCUGUGGUAUAUAUAUUCUGAUACCAGCCUUCCGUCAACCAUUUGAGUCGCCGUCAUGAACUACCAUCCCACGAUCACCGAUCAGGGCGUGACACGCACUGAUACUAUGCAGCAAUGCUGUAAACGUGACUGUCAGUCCCUACGGCCUGCCACACUGGCAGCAAAGAUAGCACGUCCCCCCCAGUUCACCAUCUCUUGCUUUCACAUGCUCGUCACUGAACGUCUGAUUCUCCGCUCUUACGUCGAGAGUGACCUCGAUGACCUCCUUCGCCUCUGGAACGAUCCACUCGUCCAGCCCCUUGUUACCAACGCCAACGUCACUCUUCUUGGUCCGAGGUUCAAGGAGUCACUCCGAGCUCAGAUGGAGCAGGCGACCUUUGGUGCCAUAAUUGUGCUUAAGGAGACCGGGGAAUUCAUGGGUCAGGGAUCAGUAACCAUUCUCGAACCAAAGAAUCGCGAUGGCACGCUUGGGAUCUGCUUGCUUCCAAAAUUUUGGAGCAAUGGAUAUGGGACCGAGGCGACAAAAUUUAUGAUCGAUCAUUCGUUCAAGUGGUUCGGUUUGAAUAGAAUGUCCCUGGGAGUCUUUGCGCAUAAUGCACGAGCAAUUGCGCUCUAUGAGAAACUUGGGUUCGUAAUGGAGGGCAGGAAGCGACAGGCAGUUUGGAUGGACAAUCGGUGGGAAGAUGCUUUGACUAUGGGCAUAUUGCGAGACGAAUGGGAAAAAAAGCAACAGUGAUAAGGAGUGUAUGACAUACUCGCUCUCUUAAUCAAUUUGACGGGAAGUCUGCAUCAUAAAUACGCUUGUCGGCAAAGGGACUUUGCUGACUUGGCAAAUGCACAAAAGACUGACUCUGCAUCACGCGCAGCGCACU